AUGGGUAGUUCUGACCACAGCGAUGACGAGGAAACGCGAUCAGAAUCCAUGUCCGAAGAGAUGGCCGACUCCGGUCUUCCCCAACGGAUCUUCAGCCCUGAAGAAGUCCCCAAGGGAGACCGUGUGAACAUUUACCAGAAGAUGACGGUUAUAUCUGACAUCGAUGCCGCUUUGAGUCAGACAGAGAGGGAUUUUAUGAAGGCAUCUCAGUUUGGAAAACUGUUCGAUUUUGCAAACCAGCCUGCUUGGUCCGGCGCAUUCGGGAAACCGAAUCGAUUCUCAAUCCGGGAGUUUAAAAUAGUGUCCGGUUUGAAAUGCGGGAAAUACCCAACAAGUCAGAAGAAAAAAAGGAGACCGCAUGUUGUUCCCGAGUACUUCAAGACUCUAUUCGGUGAUGAGAAAGAAGUCCCAGUGGAACGACCAAUCGAGAUAUUGCAGAAGAAAACUAGUUUAGAGACCCGGUUGAGACUGCGAUACGCGUGCCUUGCCAUAGUGGAUGCCUUUCUAAUGCCUUCUGUUCAUUUUUCUCGGUCAAAGGUGAGCAUGGAUCACGCCGAGAUGGUUGAAGAUCUUGAUGCAUUUCUGCAGUACCCCUGGGGCCGGUUAUCCUUUGAUGUAAUGAUGAAUUCGAUAAAGGGCAGGAAUUUAGCACAGAUUUUAACAGCUAACAUUACUGUCGGAGGUUUGUUCCCUGCCUUACAAAUGGUUGUUUUAGAGGCCGUCCCAGCCAUUCAAGAAGAUGAUGACUCAUCUGAUGGGGAAGACAGUAGCCCAAGCAGGGGCGGUGCUCACUUGCGUCCGCAGAAAGUUCAGCUUCAGUUGAAUAAAGCUAGAGUGCUUGACAAAGAUGAAAUGGUACGAAUCGCGGUUAACUCUAUCAUUCGGCCUGAUUUCGAAAUCAGCGACGACGAGGAGGAUCUAUCCUGGAGCGAAGAUGAACAGGACGAAAGGGUCGACCAUAUGAUUACUCUUAUUAAUCAAGGAUUCGAAUUUAAGUCUGAAAUGUUUGGCCCUGGCAUUGAUCCUGAGGUUUUAGCAGCUCGUACAAGUUCUCGAAGGGGUGUUAAGAAGACAAAGAUUGUUGUUGGGAAGAAAGGUAAAGGGAAGAUGAGAAAGUCUGGUAGAAGUCGAGUCACAAACGUUGCACAUGACAGUGACAAAGGAGUUAUGUUUUCUGAGGAGAAGUUGAAGACAAUGGUUUCAAAAAUCGUACAAGAAAAUAACAAGAAGAUAGAACGUAUGUUUGAAGCCAACAAUGUGAAGAUAAUUAAGGGUGUGACCCAGUGGUUUCUUGAUAACGCAGUUAUCGACCGCGAGGUCAAUAUAUGUCCAUCAUUCUCGGGCCUUAGCGCCGGUAAGUCAAGGUCUCGCAAGCAGCCCCCUCCGAGCACUGCAAAUAAAUCGGGGGAAUUACCUUCGGUCCAACCCGGAGCGCACCAUGAUGGUCAGGCCAAACAAAACUGCGACACUCCAUUUCCUAACUUAGACUUCUCCUCCAUGCCGACGGUUGACGAGAUUGUUUCCACAUACGCUCCCAGAGCUGAUGAUGCCACCAACACUGCAAGAGUUGGUAAGGGUACCGUUGACCCCAUAGGGGAAUGCAGUGUCGACGCUGUUGAUGGUGAGCAGGUUAUGACGCAUAACCCAGGCGAUGAUGGUGUCGUUUUGUCAGAAACCCGACCUGAGAAGGAAAAUGAUGGCGCCUCUCUCCCUCAGUUCAACCCACAAAAUGACGUGCCGAAGUCGUCAGAUGGUGUGAAUUUGCAGGUGGAGGAAAACCCUGAACAUGACGAUCCCUUGAAAUCAGGCCCUAAUUAUGUGCUAAUCCCCCCGGUGGGAGAGAACUUUAUUGAUGAGGUGGAUGGUGUUGGAGACGUCCAGCCUGAUGAGAUUGUAACCUCUGACAUUCCUGAACCCAAUGCUGUAAUUUCUGUUGACGAAGAUAUUAUCGAUCCCAAAAAUCUGACUAUAGACUCGGAGGAGCAAGCCAAAGUGGAACAUGUUCAGAGGAGGGUGAGCAAGCGUCAGAAGACUGUAUCGACUCGAUUAGACAGUCCUUUUCCAUGCGAGAAGCGUAUCAGAACUAUUAUAGAGAAUUCCGAAGCUGUCGAUGAUUCUGAGAAAGCCCUUCAACAACGGUUUGAUAAAGCUAUGAAAGCCUCAGGCAUGUGGGGAAGGAAACCUUCUUACAUCGAAGAACCUAAACGAAAUGCUGGGGAGACAGAAACCAAUGCCUGCAAAGGUUAUGGAUUCUCUAUGUUUUUUGGGGAGGCAUAUACUCCGCGAAGACAGUCGGCAGCCGAGAGUGGAUAUUUUGGAAAGUUUGUAUCGAUGUUAUCCAAGUUACACCCGAAGUUUAGCAGGACAGAUCCCCGAGCUGACUUUAAGUUUUCCAAAGCCGUCACCGAGAGACUUAAAGGUGUUGGGGAAGUUGAUCGGUUGCCGCUUUUCUCGGAUGCUGAUAUUCUCUAUCUGCCGUUUAAUCUCGAUAUCAAGCACUGGGUAUUUCUUGCGGUUCAUCUCUCUACUUGCAAGAUUGAGGUUUUGGACUGUAAAACCAAUCUGCGUACGGAUGCAAGCAUGACUACUGAAAUCCGACCCAUCGCUGAAAUGCUUCCCUAUUUGUUUAUAGAGGUUGCAGAUAACGAAAAGAUGUCUCAGUUGUCUACUACCAAAUAUGAUAUUGAAAGGAUCACUGACGUACCGUAG